AUGUCCACCCACGCACCCAUGAACGGCGUCAAGCUCAACCAGCUUGACGAUCCGCGGAAGAUCGUCAAAGUCGACGUCGCGGACGGCAAGACGGGCGCCACGCGGGAAAUUCAGUACAAUAACCUGAAGGUCAUCGGCAACGGCUCCUUUGGUGUCGUCUUCCAGGCCACGCUCCUUGACACGCCGGCUGAAGAAGCGUCUAUUGCAAUCAAGAAGGUUCUUCAGGAUAAGCGCUUCAAGAACCGCGAGUUGCAGAUCAUGCGUCUCGUCAAGCACCCCAAUGUCGUCGACCUCCGCGCAUUUUAUUACACGGGAGGAGACAAGAAGGACGAGGUCUACCUUAAUCUCGUUCUCGAGUACGUGCCCGAGACGGUCUACAGGGCCUCGAGGCACUACUCGAAGCUCAAGCAACCGAUGCCGAUGCUCCAGAUCAAGCUGUACAUGUACCAGCUCUUGCGCUCGCUUGCGUACAUCCACUCCGUCGGCAUCUGCCACCGCGAUAUCAAGCCUCAGAACCUUCUCCUCAACCCGGCCACGGGCGUUCUCAAGCUCUGCGAUUUUGGUUCCGCUAAGAUCCUCGUUGCUGGCGAGCCCAACGUCAGCUACAUCUGCUCGCGUUACUACCGUGCUCCCGAGCUCAUCUUUGGCGCUACGAACUACACUACUAACAUUGAUGUUUGGUCCACCGGAUGCGUCAUGGCCGAGCUUAUGCUUGGCCAGCCCCUCUUCCCGGGCGAGAGCGGGAUCGACCAGCUCGUCGAGAUCAUCAAGGUUCUCGGUACACCCAGCCGCGAGCAGAUCAAGACGAUGAACCCGAACUACAUGGAGCACAAGUUCCCGCAAAUCAAGCCCCACCCGUUCGCCAAGGUCUUCCGUCCCCGCACCGCACCGGAGGCGAUCGACCUCGUCGGCCGCUUGCUCGAGUACACGCCCGAGGCGCGCUUGUCAUCCGUGGAGGCUAUGGUCCACCCCUUCUUCGAUGAGCUCCGCGGCCCAGAGACGAAGAUGCCGAACGGCAAGGACUUCCCGCCGCUCUUCAACUUCACGCGCGAAGAGCUGAGCGUCCGGCCGGACCUGAUCAGCAAGCUGGUACCACCACACGUCGAGCCCGAGCUGCGCUCGCGGGGCAUCGACAUCGACAACUUUGUCCCGAUACCUCUCGACCAGCUCAAGAUCACGUUGGACUAG